GUGUGCUCAGAAGUAUCUGACCAUAUUUGUUACUCUGGAUACGCCUCCAAAUGGAGGUUCCUGGCUUCCAAAUCUGGUCAGAUACUCCUGAGCACACCUAUGACAUACAGCCGUGCUAGUGAGUUGUUCAAGAAAGAAUUAGUGAAGGAAGGUCUUGAUGCUAAAGAUUACGGACAUCACAGUUUACAAUCUGGUGGUGCUACAAUUGCAGCUGCUCUGGGUAUUCCCGACCGCCUGCUACAGAGGCAAGGAGGGUGGCGUACUGCGAAGACAAACAACAAUUACAUUGAUGAGUCAAAAUAA